ACAAAAAUGCAAGGGAAUGAAAUUGAAAAAGAAAAAAAUAAUGAAAUAAUAAAUAAACAAACAUUAAAUAAUAAUGAAAAUAAUGAUGAAAAAAUGAAUAAAUUGGAGGAUAGACUUGAACAAGCUGGAAUUGUAAAACCUCCAGAUGGAGCUUUUGGAUGGGCUGUAGUUUUUGCCAGUUUUUGUACAAAUGGAAUUGUUGAUGGAAUUAUUUUUACUGUCAGUGCAAGUCUAGUACCUCGUUGGGAACGUUUUUUCAACAACAACACAGUAACUAAUGUAACUUCUCUUUUGGCUGGGUUUUAUUUACUUUCUGGCCCUUUAGCCUCUGCUUUGGCUAAUUCUUUUGGUUGUAAUACUGUUGCCGUUGCUGGGGCUUUUAUUGCUGCAAUAGGCUUUCUUGUUAGCGCCUUAAUACCUGCUUUGCCUGUUUUGUAUGUUGCUUUUGGAAUUAUUGGGGGAAUUGGCUUUGGACUUGUUUUUCUCCCCGCAAUUGUUAUUGUUGGGCAAUAUUUCUCAGAAAAAAGAGCUUUAGCAACGGGAAUUGCUGUUUGUGGUUCUGGUAUUGGAACGGCUAUUUUUGGGCAGAUUAAUCCAAUAAUUCUCGACCAUUUUGACAAACUUGUCGGUGAAGAAGAUAGUUGGCGUAUUUUUCUACUUUUUCUUUCUGCAAUAACUUUAACUUGUGCAAUAUUUGGUUGCUUCUUUAAACCUUUAAAACCUUCAAAAUCGCAACUUGAACAAGUGAAAAUUUCAAAUUUUAAUAAAAAAAAAGAAAACUUUUUUAUAGUAAAGGUGGUUAAAAUUGCGAGUGAAUUUAUGGGAAAAGGUGGAAAUAAUGAGGAAAUAAUAUUGAGAGAGGAAAAUGAAGAAAAUAAUAAAAUUAUUAGAAGGCCUUCUGACACUACAAAAAUUACUCAAGGAGUGGAAAUUGAACGGUGAAUUUUAAUUAUUUUUUAAAUUCAAAUUACUGUAACAAAAAUUCAGUAAGCAAAAUUCAUUAGACAUUACAAGCCCUACUCUGUAGAGAGGUGUAGGGGGUAGGUAACAUAUCUGUUCAACUACACAAGAGGUCGUGGGUUCGAGUUCGGUAAUCGAAUUUUUUACCAAGUUGUGGUAAGAUUAAUUGCGCGCCCCAAAGCCAAACCAAAAAGCAUGGUAUCAAAUGCUCCCCCCAAUGAAUUUUUCCGCCAGAGUGUCAUAAUACCCACCCAGCUACUCGCCUUUCAAUUAGUUCAA